AGAGAAAGCAAUUUAAGCAAAAAAAAAAAAAGAAGAAGAAGAUCUUAGCCGUUGAUCUGAAGUCUAUCAUGGUGUCUCUAUAUUAGGGUUUUUAAGUUCUACACUAUCUUUUAUAUAAUCUAUCUCCUCCUCCUUCCUCUUUAGCCGUCUUUCCCUCCCUCCCUCUCAGAUCAAAGCUUCAAAAUGGCAUUUGUCAAGGCUCAGAAAACCAAAGCUUACUUUAAGCGGUUUCAGGUUCCAUACAAGAGAAGGAGAGAGGGAAAGACUGACUACCGGGCUAGGAUUCGCCUAAUCAAUCAAGACAAGAAUAAGUACAACACUCCUAAGUACCGAUUCGUUGUCCGAUUUAGCAACAAAGAUGUCACCGCACAAAUAGUUUCUGCUAAUAUUGCUGGUGAUAUGGUUCUUGCUUCUGCUUACUCACAUGAGCUUCCACGAUAUGGGCUUGAAGUGGGUCUUACAAACUAUGCUGCAGCUUAUUGCACUGGUUUGCUGUUGGGGCGCCGUGUGCUUAAGAUGCUCGAAAUGGAUGAUGAGUACCAGGGCAAUGUAGAGGCUACUGGAGAGGAUUUCUCAGUUGAGCCAACUGAGACAAGGAGACCUUUCCGUGCUCUCCUUGAUGUAGGGCUGAUCAGGACAACCACUGGCAAUCGUGUUUUUGGUGCUCUAAAGGGAGCCUUGGAUGCUGGUUUGGAUAUUCCUCAUAGCGACAAGAGGUUUGCUGGGUUCUCCAAGGACAACAAGCAGCUUGAUGCUGAGGUUCAUAGCAAGUACAUAUAUGGUGGCCAUGUUGCUGCAUAUAUGAGGACUUUGAUGGAAGAUGAACCUGAGAAGUAUCAAUCUCACUUCAGCGAGUAUAUUAAGAGGGGAAUUGAGGCUGAUAACAUCGAGUCCUUGUACAAGAACGUUCAUGCUGCCAUCCGAGCUGAUCCAACUGCAAAGAAGACUGAAAAGGAGCCUCCUAAGCAGCACAAAAGGUUCAACUUGAAGAAGCUAACAUACGAGGAAAGGAAAUCUAAAUUGAUUGAACGGUUACACACCCUUAAUGCCGCUGCUGGUGCUGAUUCAGAGGAAGAGGAUUGAAUGUAGGAAUGCUCAUUUCAAAGCACUAAAAUUAUUCCAUGCUUUUCUUUAUUAUACAUUGCUGUUGACUGCAGUUUUGUCCAGAACUGAGUUGCAUUUUGUAAGGGGUUGAACUUAUUUCGCAUUUUGUUUCAAUUUUGUUAAGAAUUUUUGUUAUUUUUUGCAAUUCUAGUGUAAUUGAAUUAUUAGAUUUUUGGAUAUUUAGUUGCUUGUGAAAUGCAAUUUUAGCCAGUCACAGGCUAGCUUUGCAAAA